ACGAGUUUACUAUGUAGUUUAUAUAGUGUUUGGUCAUAUGUAGAGCUUCAGUUAGCGACGACCAUCGGAGAGACGCGGUUUAUAACAAUCCAACAAAAUGUUCUGGAGAGCGAUCCUGAUAACCACCCUAGCGAUUGGGGCACUCGGGCAGUACCAAAUCACUGAAGAUCAGAAGAAUCAGUUCAAAGAAGUGCUCACAAAAUACUGCAAACAGAAUGGCGCCGAAGAUAAAGUGGAAGACGUACAAAACGCAAUAAAGAGCUUCGUGGACUGUGUAAAAGGUAUCUUCGAUGCUGAGACUUUGAAGAAAGAGAUCGAGGACGCCAAGCCCAAUGGCGCUCUUGAUGAAGUGUUUAAAAAGUACUGCGCAAAGUCGCCUCAGCUCAAGACCUGCAUCCACAACGCGUUCACGGGCGUGUCUCCAUGCCUGGACAGCAACGUGCGCGACAGGAUUAACAUCGCCGACAACGCCACCGACCAGCUCAUCGACUUCGUGUGCUACAAAGACGGUGACAGGAUAGCGCUGUUCAUCGCUGAAGGCGGUCCCGAGUGCUUCCAGACGAAAACUAAUGAAAUCCGGGAGUGUGCUACCACUGCGAGAGGAUCCAUCUCGUCCGUAGAGGACGCUAAGAGACUUACUGUCAGCGAGCAAUGCGCCAAGUUCGACGAGAUGACAUCGUGCAUCGUGACCGCGCUGGAGGGCUGCGAGACGCCGACACCGGGCAACAUGGCCGAGUCUCUGUUCCGUUUCGUGCGCCGCAGUAGCCCCUGCCCCACGGCCAACUAAUUCGUGCCAGACUACCGUCAUACCUACAUACUUAUUAGGUACUUGAAGAUAUUUGUGCCAUUCAUUAAUUUUACUGCUAAUAAAUAAUUAAAAUUGUA